AUGGAUAUUUGUAAGAUACAUGAAAACGCCUCCAAAUGCAGCGUGAACACUAUGGAGUGCUUCAUGGUCCUCAGCACGCAAGCACAGAAGAUAAGCAUUGCCACGCUGUGCGGCCUCUUUGGGACACUGUGCAUUUUCGAGAACUCUUUGGUGCUGUACUUGAUCUUCUCCUCCCCCGGGACCAGGAGAAAGCCUUCCUACCUCUUUAUCAGCAGCCUGGCCUUGGCUGACAUCCUGGCCAGCAUCACCUUCGUCUGCAGUUUUGUUAACUUCCAUGUCUUUAAUGAAACUGAUUUCUCUAAAGAAGCGUUCCUGCUUCAGCUGGGAGGGGUGAACACAUCCUUCUCUGCCUCCCUGAGCAGCUUACUGCUGACAGCCCUAGACCGUUACAUCUCCAUCAGCCGACCAUCCAAGUACAAGCUCCUCAUGACGAGGAAGAGAGCGUGGAUAGCCCUGGGGGUGCUCUGGGUGACAUGUGCGACCAUUGCUUCCCUGCCCCUCCUGGGCUGGAACUGCUGCAUGCUCGAUUCAACCUGCUCCGAACUCUUCCCAUUUGUGGAUGAAAACUAUCUGUCGAGCUGGAUCUGCUUCAUCAUGGUCCUGUUGGGGUGUAUCGUCUACGCCUAUGUGCAUGUGCUAUGGAGGGCUCGCCAGCACGUGGCCUACAUGGAGAAGCACCAAGCGCAAGCGGGAAAGCCAAACACCAGGAUGAGGAUGGAUGUCAUGCUGGCCAAGACCCUUGUCAUGGUGCUGACUGUCCUCGUGCUGUGCUGGUCUCCGGUCCUCGUUCUCAUGAUCUACAGCAUCUUUGCCAGGCUGAGCAAUCACCUGCGCAAGCUGUUUGCCUUCUGCAGCACCCUCUGCCUGCUCAAUUCCAUGGUGAACCCCAUUAUUUAUGCCCUGCGGAGCAAGGAGCUAUAUUCCUCCCUGAGGAUGGUCUUUUCUCGGUUCAGAAGGCAGCUGAAGGCCUCAGAGGACAGCCCAGAAGCAGAGAGCACCCACAAGUCCUCCGCGAUAGAGACCGUCUGUGAGGACAUGCGUCAAUGGCGGCGCCCCGUCGUUGCCUCGGUAGCCAUGGCGGCGUCGCGGCGCCGUUGCCUCGGUAGCCAUGGCGGGGGCGCGCUGACGUCACGCGGCAGCAUGGCGGCCGGCGGGCUGCUGUGGGUGGCGGCCGCGCUGGCACCGGUGUUGGCCGCGGCGCGUUACCGCCCGGACUGGGCCAGCCUGGACGCGAGGCCGCUGCCGGCCUGGUUCGACCAGGCCAAGGUGGGGGUGUUCGUGCACUGGGGGGUGUUCUCCGUCCCGGCCUGGGGCUCCGAGUGGUUCUGGUGGCACUGGCGGGGCGAGCACCGCGCCGACUACGAGCGCUUCGUGCAGCGCCGGUACCCGCCCGACACCACCUACGCGGACUUCGCGCCCCGAUUCACGGCCCACGACUUCCAGCCCCGCGAGUGGGCCCAGCUCUUCCAGCGGGCUGGUGCCAGGUACGUGGUACUGACCACGAAGCAUCAUGAAGGCUUCACCAACUGGGGGUCGCCUGUGUCCUGGAACUGGAAUUCCCUGGAUACGGGGCCCCACCGAGAUCUUGUAGGAGAGCUGGGACAAGCCCUCAGGGAGAGCAACAUACGCUAUGGACUGUACCACUCUCUGUUAGAGUGGUUUAAUCCACUCUAUCUAGCUGACAAAGAAAGCGGCUUCAAGACCCAGGACUUCGUUUUAAAGAAGACAAUGCCAGAACUUUAUGAUCUUGUCUUAAAAUAUAAACCAGAUUUGAUUUGGUCGGAUGGAGACUGGGAAGCUCCGGAGUCGUACUGGAAUUCUACCUCUUUCCUUGCCUGGCUUUAUAACGAUAGUCCUGUCAAGGACACUGUUGUUGUUAAUGAUCGUUGGGGUAAUAACUGCUCUUGCCAUCAUGGAGGCUACUACAAUUGUGCUGACAAAUACAAGCCAGGGACCCUGCCAACUCACAAGUGGGAGAUGUGCUCCUCCAUCGACAAGCUUUCCUGGGGCUAUCGAAGCAGCAUGAACAUUGCUGAGUUAAUGGAUGAAGCAAGUAUCAUUGAGGAACUAGUGCAGACUGUGAGUUUUGGAGGCAACUACCUUCUCAAUGUGGGACCUACAAAAGAAGGAGUGAUUGUUCCCAUCUUCCAAGAAAGACUUCUGGCCCUUGGGAGGUGGCUGGACACUAACGGGGAGGCAAUUUAUGAGUCGAAGCCAUGGAGAGUACAGAUGGAGAACAGCACAGACACGAUCUGGUACACUUCUAAGGGACCAGUUGUCUAUGCCAUCUUUCUGACCUGGCCUCUGGACAACGUUUUGGAGCUGUCCUCGCCCACUCCAUCCCCAGCCACACAAGUGACGAUGUUGGGUUUUGCAGGGACUCUGAAGUGGCAGAAGUCCCCAGGUAAAGGACUGCUCGUAACUUUGCCCUACAUGCUUCCAUCUCCUCUGCCUCCCCAGUCUGGCUGGACUGUCAAGCUUGAGGGUGUGAAGUGACGGCUGCGGGAUGAAAGCAGCAAUCUCCCCCUGCCUUUCUUUUAAACUGAG